UGGAUAAAUAAAAGCAGCCAUCAGCUUAUUCAGCAACUACCCGACAUUGCCAUUUCCGCUAAGAAAGUUCAAAGCCAAAACGCAAGAAAUUCAUUCCGCCUAAGUCUGUUCUUUGAGCUUCUACAACUCUCAUCUCUUUUUCUCCUUUGAUCUAUUUUUUUUUUCCUCUCACCGUUCUCUCAAUUUUCCCGAGAAAAUCCCAAUGGCUAAUAAGGCAGGAAUAUUUGAUUUAGAGACAAACUUUGCGUUUUAUGGAGCUUACCACAGCAACCCAGUUAACAUUUUUAUACACACAUUAUUUGUGUGGCCAAUCUUCUUCACUUCUCUCGUGCUCUUAUAUUUUACCCCUUCGAUAUAUGAUAUAUCUCAAGUUGGAUUUGGUGAUGGCCAUGGCCUGUUGCUCAAUUUUGGAUUCUUUUUCACUCUAAUAUAUGCGUUGUUUUAUGUGGGUUUGGACAAGAAAGCUGGAACUUUGGCUGCUCUGAUUUGCUUUGGGUGUUGGGUUGGUGCUAGUUUCCUUGCUGCACGGCUUGGAUUUUCUCUCGCGUGGAAGGUUGUGCUGGCAGCACAAUUGUUUUGUUGGACUGGACAGUUCAUAGGCCACGGAGUGUUCGAGCACCGGGCUCCAGCUCUUCUUGAUAACCUCACACAAGCCUUUCUGAUGGCUCCAUUCUUUGUACUUCUAGAGGUUCUUCAAAUAGCCUUUGGAUAUGAACCAUAUUCAGGGUUUCAUGCAAGUGUAAAAGCAAAGAUAGAUGCAGAGAUCAAGGAAUGGCAGGACAAGAAACAAAAGAAGUCCACUUAGCUUACGGUCAUCAUUGUAAAAUUAGUUUGUGAUGAUGUAUUAUCAAAAACUAAAUGAGACAUCCAUACUGUUUUUACAGCAAAAUUUAUAUCAUGAUCUUGUUGCCAACAGGAAUAUAUUCGAAGUUACAAAGAAUCCAA